UUGAAUGAGUCAAACAUAUUGUUUUAUAUGGCGAUGAGAGAACAGGUUGGAAGGGCGAUUGCGACCGAGCUUUUCAAGGAUCAGAAGGAUAUCCCGGAUUAUGAAUUUCCGGAUAGUGGUCAUGUGAAGGUGAAUCUGACCAGAUCGGAUGUGGCUUUGUUGGACGCGUUACCUUCCGAAUUAGAUUCUAGUCGCUCGUGCAGUAUCACAACUGAAACCAUUAAGCACAGUGAAGCUGAAAUCGUAAGAGAUCGAUUAAAAACAUCUAUAGCAGUUCUAUUAACGUGUGGAUUGUUUGGUUAUUCCAGUCAAGAGUUUUCAUGUUUUGCUGCACAGCCUGUUUAUCACGGAAAUUUUGCAUAUUUCAGAAUAUUAGUGAAUAUUUUCGAAAUGCUGGCCGGCAACGGCAUUGGAUUGGUAAAGACUUUGACUGGAGUUGCUGCAGUGAUAUUGGCGUUCUUCGUACGCGACUGGUAUCGCCUUCAUGGUCAAAAACUUUCGAGGCGUUUGAAACCACUCUUUAAUGUGUCGCAAUUAAUCGUCAAUUGGAACAUAUUCCCAUGGUUUGAUAUAUUCGCAUCUGAUAAGGAAACAAUCGCUGGAAAGUAUCUGUUCAAUGCUGAAGGUCCAAUUCUGAACGAGGAAAAUCCAAGAACACCGAAUAAAAGGUGCUGUUGUUGCUAUUUCGUUUCUGGAUCCAUAUAG